AUGUCAUUCCUUAACCUCCGCGCCACCCUCAGCUCGCCCCGGGAGGAGCCGGCCAACGGGCUGGACCGUCUUGCCCGAGAACUGGACGUGAUCGUGCUGUCGAUCACCCCUCACGCCGAGUACAAGGGGUUCUUUAUCUACGUCAUCUCGGGGCUCUGUCUCGCCACCUGGAUCGGGUGGGCCCUCCUUCCCCCGUGGUUUUUAUCGGACUAUUUGGGGAUCUCUUACUAUCCAGACAAGUACUGGUCGGUGGCGAUCCCCGGGUGGUCGCUCAUCGCGAUGGCAUUCACCUACUACUACGUGGCGUUAUACAACACCGAGAUCAAACAGUUUAAGCUCGCCGACGUGCGCCAGGUGGUCGACGACACCACGAGGUUUGCCUCGAGAGCCAACAUCCACCAGCUGCUGGCAGAAGUGAUGGAUCUUCCCAUCACAUUGGUGAAUGAAGUGCUCUACGAUAGCUAG